ACUUGCAAUUCGCUUUCGCAAAUUGGCGCGUCAAGUAGGAAAUCCCUACCGCCAAAGCCCAAAAAAAGCGUUCUCCUGCCAUUGCCUUCUCUGAGAAGCUCGAAUUCGAAAAGUCUUCCAACUAGUCUCCACAGGCCGAGCUCUCAUUUUUCCUCUUUCCACAAUCCAUUCAUGGAUUUUGACCCUGAAGAUCUGUUUCGAGAUGACGAUGACGACCCCGAAAAUGAAUUCUAUCAGGGAAAAGAAUCAACCAAAGAAUCUGUUGUCUACCUCGUUGAUGCAUCGCCGAGAAUGUUCUACCCAGCAGCUAAUGCAGAAGAUGAGAAGAGCGAAACCCCUUUUCAUGUGGCUGUCAAUUGUAUUUCCCAGGCUUUGAGGACCCAAAUCAUUAAUAGCUCUUAUGAUGAAGUUACAAUAUGCUUCUUCAACACGAGGGAAAAGAGAAAUUUGCAGGAUUUAAAUGGUGUCUAUGUCUUUAAUGUUCUUGAACGUGAGUACCUUGAUAGGCCGACAGCAAGGCUGAUUAAAGAGUUUAGUAGUAUAGAAGAAACCUUUAUGAGUGAAAUCGGGAGUCAAUAUGGAAUCAUUUCUGGGAGUCGAGAGAACUCCCUUUAUAAUGCACUUUGGGUUGCACAAGCACUGCUGCGCAAAGGGUCUAGAAAAAAUGUUGAUAAGAGAAUACUUUUGUUCACGAAUGAAGAUGAUCCUUUUGGCGGCAUUAAAGGAGCAGCACAGAAAGACAUGAUUAGGACGACGAUACAACGUGCAAAAGAUGCACAAGACCUUGGCAUCUCAAUUGAACUUCUCCCCUUAAGUAGGCCAAAUGAUGAGUUUAACAUCUCACUAUUCUAUGCUGAUUUGAUUGGACUGGAAAGGGAUGAUCUCUCUUUGUUCAUAGCAUCAGCAGGGGACAAAUUGCAAGAUAUGACAGAUCAGCUGAGGAAACGAAUGUUCAAGAAGCGUAAAGUUAGAAGAAUCACAUUCUCAAUAGCUAACGGGAUUUCUAUUGAAUUGAAUUCAUAUGCUUUGCUUCGUCCAACCUUACCUGGGGUGAUUACCUGGCUCGAUUCUGUUACCAAUCUUCCUUUGAAGUCUGAAAGAGCUUCUUUUUGUGCGGAUACUGGUGCAUUGAUGCAAGAGCCUGCAAAACGUUUUCAUCCAUACAAAAAUGAGAAUGUUCUGUUCACCAUGGAUGAGCUAUCUGAAAUAAAAAGGGUUUCAACAGGCCAUCUUCAUCUUCUAGGAUUCAAGCCAUUGAGUUGCCUAAAAGAUUAUCACAAUUUAAGGCCAUCGACCUUUGUAUUUCCAAGUGAUGAGGAAAUUGUUGGAAGUACUUGCAUUUUUAUCGCUCUUCACAGAUCGAUGUUACGUCUUAGAAGGUUUGCAGUUGCAUUUUAUGGUAGCUCAGCUCAUCCUCAAAUUGUUGCCCUGAUUGCACAAGAUGAGAUAACAAGUUCAAGUGGUCAAGUUGAGCCUCCUGGAAUGCACAUGAUAUACCUUCCAUAUUCUGAUGACAUCAGACACCCUGAAGAGGUUCAUAUGGCUGUUGAUGCUGAGACUCCUCGAGCGACAGAUGAUCAAAUCAAGAAAGCAAUGGUUAUAUUGAAGCGUGUGGACCUGAAAGACUUUUCAGUUUGCCAGUUUGCAAAUCCUGCCUUGCAGAGGCACUACGCAGUAUUGCAGGCCUUGGCUCUAGGUGAAGAUGAGAUGCCAGACGCCAAAGAUGAAACUGCACCUGAUGAAGAAGGCUUGGCUAGACCAGGAAUUGUCAAUGCACUAGAAGACUUUAAGGUUGCUGUCUAUGGAGAAAACCAUGACCAGGAGGAAGCUGAAUCUGCAGAAAAAUCUUCAGAGGCUUCCAGAAAGAGAAAAGCAAUAGCUGAAACAGCUGUUAAGGAGAGUGCAAAUUACAAUUGGGCAGAGCUUGCAGACAAUGGGAAGUUGAAAGAUUUAACUGUGGUCGAGUUAAAGUACUAUCUGUCAGCACACAAUCUCCCUGUUGCUGGUAAGAAGGAGGCUUUGAUCAGUAGGAUCUUAACUCACAUGGGGAAGUAAGUUCAAGCUAAUUGGAUGGCAUAACCUGGUGCAGAGCCUUAUGCAAUUGUCGGCAAUUUCUACUGCUCCAAAAUGUAGUUUGCUUGUUUCAUUCAAGUUUUGUGCCGAUUUCUGCGUUAUAAAAAUUUGUUAGAUUGAAAUCUCA